UGUUUGUCUCCAUGGAGACACCACAACAAGUCGGCAUGGAGACAGAGAUUUAGCAGCACUAAAGGAGGUGUAUCUUUUAAAUGUUUCAAAUCUAGUCUUCCCAGUCUCUAAAUGUUUUGAUGGUGAACUAGAAGAAGAUCUGCCAUGUGUGACCUGUACAGAGUUUCCUCCUCUGACAGAGUGCAGCAGAUGGAGGCAGAGCUGUCGCAUCAGCUCUCAGCACUCAGGGCGGAAAUUGAGGAGAAUGGAUUCUCACACGGAGCAGGGAAAUCAUACAGUUCUGUUCCACCUCCAAAAGAUGUUUCCUUCUUCCGUGUAGAGAGGGAACACACACUGAGGAGGGGGCUUCAGGUGGCUGAAGCUUUGCCGGUUCAGUCUCAGGCUGACGUGAUGCAGAGAGAGCUGGAGAGCUGCUUGAGUCUUGAGUACACACCUGACAGUCUGCCUCCUCUCCUGCACCAGUUUUAUACGGACAGAUCGUAUCACUUGGCUCAGAUCAAAUAUCUGCUCAUGCUGAGAUGGAGGAGAUUUUGUCGCCACACCAGCGUCAUUGAGAAGCUUUAUCCUCAUUACAAGGGUCAGGUGUCAUACUUGACGAGUGAGUACGAGGACGCCGUUCAGAGAGCUCGCAGGCUGUCAGCGAGCAGAGAGAAGAUCCUGACCGGCAGAGGAAACCCUGCUAACCUGCUGACUCAGGACGAUGUGGUCAUUUACCUCCGGUGGCUGGUCUGUCAUCUGCACUCUGUUCAGACUGUUCACAACUUCCUCAGGGUGCUGCACUAUAUACCAGCUUGUGAAAGGAAAGAUGAAGAAUUUCAGCCAACUGCCAAAAAGGAAGAGGAAACUUUUCAUCAGACUCAGCAUACUGACGGAGAACAUGUUCCGCUGCUCUCUGUUCACCUGGAGGAGUUUCUACCUGAGCUGCAGUCGCUCAUCACCUACUUCCACUUCUCAUAUGACGCUGGGAAACUCAGGACCACUGCGGAUGAGAUGGAGUUGUUCAGCAUGGUGUGGAGGGAGUUCAGGACAAUCUUCAGACAACAAGAGCAGAUGAAAACAUUUCCCCAGUACGACGGCACAGAGGUCAAACAGAGCCAGUGGGGGAGGACGAGUGGCAGCAUGGCUCUGAGGAAGGAGGCCAACUGGAUCCCUUUCAUUCAGGUGAAACCCACUCAGGAUCCGUGGCAGCAGAAGCUCGUCACGAAGCUGAAGGAAAAGAAACGUGUGGACGAGCUGCUGAAGAUGCACAGCAGGUUUCUUCAGGUGUCCGAUCUGCUCCACGUGGCUGCGGCUCUGAAAGACCACGGCGCCCAUGUUGGUGAGUCACAGUCCGUACCCGCCUCCUCUGCCUCACACAGCGGGAAGACGAAACGACAGAAGAUCUCCGAGAUCUGGACGAGCAUUUACAACGCUGCGAGUUUACCUCAGGAAACACACAGUCACUCAUCCACAUCCAGAGGCGGAGGACGCAGUGACAUCAGGAGGCUGAAGAGUCAAAGGUCAACAAACGAAUGUCUGCAGCUUCUGGGUCUGGACGACAGUUUAGAGGAAGGAGCCUCAGAUCUCAUCGUAUCCAGAGGUGCUUACCUGUCCCGGACUUACCUGCGUCACCUCAAGCUUCGAGAGCUCCAGCGCGUGUGUCUUGGGAUGCUGAACUACCUGCGCUCUGUGGAGAGGACGUUAACCUUUGACCUGGCAGGUCUGCAGCUGGAGGAGGGAGAGCUGUGCAGCACGGCGGAGGAAACCAGCUGGAUGAACGCAGCCAGAGGAGGAAGCGGGGAGGCAGGAGGUCUCAGCUCGCUCCAGAACAACCACAACACUCCAGUUGACUAUAAGGUUCAUUGCUCAGAGUUUAUGGAGUUUGCCGAGGUGGAGAAUCUACAUGAUUUCUACAGCACUGAGGAGCGUUUCAUCCACACCCAGGACCAGAGAGGGUUUUACAUCGUGUACGACGCUGCUCUGAAGGACCUGGAGAAGCUGGAGGAUGAGCUUCUUCUAGUUGGCUCGCACUUUAUCCAGAGGAAACGGACUGAGACGAAGGGAAAAGCCGAGGGAGCCUCCACCUCGGCCUCGACUGUAGACAUCCACUGCUGGGCUGGGACAGACGUGGACCGGGUUGCAGUGCUUCUCGACUUGUGGACGUGUGAGACGGAGUUUUUGGAAAGCAAAGUACAGCUGUUAAACUGUUACUGUGAAGCCUACCAGCAUGCAGCAGGGACUGAGGAGAGGUUGGCACUGGCCCGAGUCAUCACUGACAUCAUGCACAGCAGACCGCUGCUGGACCUGAACCAGGAUUACUUUGUUCAGGUCUACAGGGCCGAGACAGACUGCCUGCGAAGUCACCAGAGGCUGAUCAAAGACGUUCUGGAUAAUCAGAUUGAAAAGCAGCGGCAGUUCCUCCAACGCAUCUGGAGAGACGAUCGUAAAGGCUCUGCUCAUGAAUACGGUCUUCCACUGAACUACGUCCCCAAACAUCUGGUCUCACUUGGAGGCAGCAGCCCUGCACUGAUGAACGUAUUCCUCCUGGAGGUUCACCCGUCCCUCUGCGCGGCCGCUGCAGUCUAUCGCGGUUUAGUCCAGGCUCACACAGAGCUCUGUCAGCUGCACCGAGCCACGAGAGUCUCUGACAGACUCGUCCUGCGGCAGAAGCUCCUGCAGCAGGCCCUGCACAGCUGGACGAGCCUGCCUUCACCCGGAGCCUCCUACAGCUCUCAGAUACAGAAGGAUCUGUUCUCAGGUGUGUUUUUCGAGGACACGCUUUUGGUCCAAAAGGUGGGGCUGUCAUUAGUGAAAUCUGCGGAGGAGAGGGACAUGAAGCAGGGGAGAGAGAAACAGUCGUACGCAGUGGAAACUUUCUCCAAGCUGCUGGAGCUCGUCACCAUCCGCCAUCGGCUGCUGGAGUCGGCCUCUGAGACCGCACAUCUGGCACAGUUGUACCAAACUGUGGCUUCAGAGCUCGGCUUCAACGAGUUCCACCUGUAUCUGAGGCCGGUGCAGUUUGGGGUCGCUGAACCGAAAGCCCAAACAGAGCAGCGGCCUAUUUUUAUCACAGCGGUACUGGAGGAUGACACUUCUGUGGACAGGUUCACCCCGUCCCACCUUCCUCUGAGUGUCCAAGAACUGGACGAGAGCCAGAUCGGCAGGUUUAGCUUCAGCUCAGAGGAGGCCGUUAUUCACCUUAUGAACCAGCAGAGUAUGGAGAACCUCCAGGUGACUCUGGCCUGUCAGGUUACACAGAAGAACGCCUUGAUAAGCGCUGUGAAAGUGGCUUGUGCCUGCUAUUGGGCAGAAAGUGUGACAUCAUCAGCUGAGGUUAUUUACUCUCAGAGCGACGACGACAUUCAUCCCGAUAAAGAUGUGAAAUCUGCAACGAGACUUGACUCCAAACCUGGAAGCGACACUGACAACCUGCAGGAAGAAUCGCACUCUUUACCUCCCAGUGGCUCCAGGAGAACUCCCAUCACCACCAAGGAGUGGCUGAUGGAAGCCUUUGUGUCCAUCCAGCUGGAAAAAGUGGGUCUGCGUGACAAGAUGCUGAAUUCAUUUAUGAAGAGGAAACAGGCCGUGGGGGGUCUUAUAAAAACCCCAGAAGAAGCAGCAAAGAUCAAAAGGAGCCUCAUAAUCGACUUCCUCAUGAAAUUCAACACACAGAUGUCUCAGUACUGUGUGAGAGCGCAGAUUCUUGCAUAUUACUACAGUCUAACGUCUCUUUUGGACGACGUCCCCUCCGUCCGUCAGUCCCACUUCACGACACAACAAGCCAGCGAGCACACCUUUGGGCGUCAGCACCGGCAGCUGUUGUCUGCAGACGGCAAAGCUCUCCUCAACCUGUGGGUCGUCCCUCACUUCUCUGAGGUGCUUCACAUGUUCAAGACGCUACAAGUCACGGCCUGUGCCACAGCGCUGCAUCACACUCUGCAGAUAGUUUCAGCUCUUCAUGACAUUAUUUAUUACCUGGUGAGUUUUUCCAGACUUGGAAACACUGAAAACCCCUGUAGCUGGAGGAGAGGCCAGGAGGCACCAGGCUCACUUCUCGUAGCUGACUGGGGAGGCACUGAAGGCAUCGGGGCGGAGCUGCUGGAGAUCCAGCGACAGGUCGAGCGUCUGUCUGAUCCCAGUUGCCCGGAGUCUGUCGGGCGUCUGCUGCAGCAGCGCAGGCAGGUGCUGCUGUUGCAGUUUGACACUGCUGUCAGACACCUCAUCAGGGAGGCGUUCCUCUCCUCCGGUGAUGUUGCAUCUUAUCAGAGUGUGAGUGACAACAUGGCGGCUGCUCUCCCUCUGCUGAGUGACAUUAUUCAGACUGACGUGUUCAGUCUCACGCUGCCUGUUCCUCGACCUCUAGAGACUCGCGGCCGUCAGGCACAGACCAUGUAUUCGUGGAGAAGUUUCAUAUCCUGUCAGGGACUGUUCCCUCUGCGUGUUUGGGACAUACCAUCCAUCGAAUACUGCAUGCAGCUGUGUCUGAGCGGUCUGAGCGACUGCAGCAGACUUCAGGCCAACGCGGCCGUCCUCGGCGUGUCGCUGCUCAUGGAGGACGUCCUGAACAGCGGAAGAGACGCGAGGCCGGUCCGUCUCCACGGCAACAAGGAUGACCUUCUGCACGAUGGAAAACCUAAUGAAGGGGAUGAAAACUGCCUGGAGGCUGAAGUGGAAGAGGACACGACGUGUGUGUCAGACUCCAGUCCUCCUCUUCAGGAUCUGGUUCGAGUCCAGUCUGUGCUGAAGGGUUUCCUCCUGCUGACCAAGCAGCUUCAGGUCUUCAAGGAGAGCUGGGCUCGAAGACGUCUGGGCCCUGACAUCUUCACUACGCCCAGCUUAUAUCAGCAGUUUGUGAAGCUCUACAGAGCUGAGAUCUUUUACCCCAGCAUGAGAGCUCUGGCUCAACACAUGGGGAAAGAGCGAGGCUAUGAGGUCGUGGUUUCUGGCAGCCAGUCUCUCCUGCCUCCUCCUGGAGCUUCAGAGGUCGAUGUGAAAGCCUGGCAGCUUCACAGACUGCUGGAGAGCACAGAGUGUGACAUGAUCAAAGCAGUGCAGAGGAGGAUCAACAGAGAGCUGACCCUGGUGCUUUCAGAGCGAACCCGACAGGAUACCUGCCUCCCAACAGAGCUGUGGAAAAAAGCCCCAGUGAAGUACAGUUUGUCCCCUGAGCGGCCGCAGAUGGUGGAGACGUUCAUCCAGCAGCUGAUGGAGGGAGCUGAGCAGGCGGAGGGACAGAUGAGGCUCUCUCCGGAUCUCCUCCAGCGGUGUGUGACUCUCCUCGGCUCUUCUCUGAUGGAGCGGGAGCGUCGCUGCUUCCUGUUUUACUCACACUUUUACGAACAAAUCCUGCAGCAGCAGACGCAGCUUCUGUACCAGAGAGAACAGGAUUUAAAGAAUCUGAAGGACUCUCACACAAGCAACCUUCACACAGAGGUGGCAGGUUUAUGUCGUGGGAUGAUGUUGGAGAUCUCAGCUCUGCAGGCUCGAGUCGCUCACCUGGAAGAAGAGAAACGAUCUCUAGAGGAAGAACUCGGUCUCAGAUUUAAAGAGCGAUACGACCCUUUGGUCCGACAGCUCUUCUCUACCUGCAUCCAGCUGAAGGCCAGACUUGAUGAGUAUCGCCGACAGAUGGAGCAGGAUGUGAGUGUGAUGGUGAACAGAGUAAGAGCGGAGGGAGUGGACCGAAUUAUGAAGCUGAAGAAGAAGUACGGCUGCACCAAAGACGACGAAGGACUCACUCUCACACAGUCGAAGAAGGAGGAAGUCCAUGAGUUGAAGCUGGAGAACAGCCGGCUCACGGCUCUGCUCUGUAAAGUGAAGGCUCUGAGUCGAUGGAGGCAGGUGGUCGACCAGGAGAAACUUCACAGACGGCUGCUCCAGACUCAGCAGAGGGAGAUUACCAGUCGCACCGAGGCCCUCAGGGUGAAGAUGGUGGCAGAGGAGGAGGUGGUUUUCCUGCAGGAGGAGCUGGACGCCGCCCGGCAGCUGCUGACCUGCUGCCAGGCCGAGUGCAGCCGCACCAAGAAGCUGCUCGGCAGGAAGACCGAAGAGCUGCAGGCGGCCAGGCAUCAGUCGGCGCAGGAGUCGCGCAGCAGGCAGGAGGUGGACAGUUACCGAGUGCAGAGCCUGGAACAAAUGAGAGCCGACGUGGAGGAGAGAGACCGACAGCUCCGAGCGCUCGGCGAGCAGCUGGACAGAGGCGGCAGGAUGAACCAGCUACAGAGACGACACAGCACCAAACAGAUCCGACAGGUGAAGGGCCAGCUACAUCAGGAGCGCUGCCUCAAACAAGAAGCCUUUGAGCAAGUGGCCAAGCUAAAAAACCAUGUGAACGACAUGGAAGCAGCUUUCUCCAGGUGCACAACAGGCCGAAGCAGGACUUGUUACACGCUGUCAGUCAGCAGAUUGAGCACUAGAAGUCCCUCAGCAGGUCUACACGGGGACAGUCAGCAGCGGUCCUCCCUGCAGCUUGGCAGCCUCACACACCACACCGCACUUCAGGACUUUGCUACAGAGCCAAGACACCGGAGAGCAGAAACAGCCAGGGGCCGUUCAAACACAAGAAUAGACAGACCCAAAGCAGUGAGUGGGCCUCAGAGGCACACAAGCAGAGUGUGUUUAACUGAGUUCAGAUAAAGUUUAAACUCCUAACAGUGAAGUAGUGAAGUGCGGGGAAGAGGACGACACAGUAAAUGUUUCGGAGCCUUUGAUCAAUGUGUCAGGAUCUUCAGCAGCAGAUAGUUUGCUCAGUCGUCAUGGGAUUGUUCAUUUAAAUUCAGUUGUUGGUGAAUUACUUCCGUAAAAGUGAGAUUAUAACUUUAAUUGAACUGUGGCCACAAGUUCCAAUCACAGGACGAUGGUAAACUUUAAACUGUAGUGUAACAACAGCAGAAGUGGAGAUGACGUGAGUCUGCUCUACUAUUCUACUACUAUUUAAAGCUUUCUAAAGAUCAGACCUGAAGCUGCUGGUCAAACCAGAUCAAGUAACACUGUGGCUGAGCGAGGAUUUGUCCCAUCACUUAUUAAUUCCACUUUUUAAUUUGUGACAGGAAGAUUGUUAUUCAUUCUUUCAAAAGUUACAGCUUCACUUUCAACUGCCCAGAAAAAGAAAAUGUAAACUUGAGCAGCUAUUAAAUGAAGCUUGUAAGAUUGUUUAGUUAACUGCUGUUUCUGAGGUUAAGAAUGAACGUCAACGCAUUAGUAUUAAUUAUCAGAUACAUCUUGUGGCCGUCCCACAAGAAACCAAAGGACAACAAAAACUUAAAAAAGCUAAUUAUUUUUUGGUU